UAAAGAUGGCAGACACAAAGCGAAUAGAGUUUUUAAUUUUUCUUCUGAUAAGUUCCUUUGCAUGCUUUUUCUCUUCAAAAGAACCUAAUAAAGAAGUUAAUGAGAGACCUAUUGUUGGUGUUGUUGUAAUGGACAUAAUAGAUGCUGUGCUAUUAAAAACUUACCCCAACCUGAGGGGGAAGCAUUUUGUUCCUGCUAGCUAUGUAAAAUUGAUCGAAAUGACUGGUGCGAGACUGGUUCCGAUAUCCUCUAAAAUGAGCAAUGAAAAAGUUAAAACUAUUUUUAACUCUGUAAAUGGUUUGCUCUUUCCAGGAGCAGGCAACAAUUUAAAUCAUUCUGGAUAUCACAAUGUUACAAAGAAACUUUUUGAACUUUCGAUGACAGCUAACAAGAACGGCGAGGUAUUUCCCAUUCUAGGUAUUUGCCGUGGUUUCCAAGCACUUAUUGUACAUGUGGAAGGAAAUGAAUCCCCAAUUAUCGCCACAGAUUCACAAGAUUAUCCUGCUACUGUACGAUGGAACAGAAAAAGCUUGAAAAAUUCAUUUCUCUCAUCGAUGCCGAAAAUGAUGAUCCAAUACAGUGAAAAACACCCUAUAACAGCUCACUUUCACAAAUACAGUAUCACAUCUGAUUUUUUUAAACGUUCUAGUAAAUUAAAUAAUUUCUUUGAUAUAUUGGCUACAAGUCUUGAUCGAAAUGGAACGGAAUUUGUUUCUGCAAUGGAAGGAAAAAAAUUUCCGUUUUAUGGUAUACAGUUUCAUCCAGAAAAGACUAUGUUCGAAUGGUCAACAACAGUAUCUAUCCCACAUUCUCCACAGGCUAUCCAACUUGGUCAGUUUAUAGCCAACUCAUUUAUGGAGCAAGUUCGACGAAACAAGAGGCAUUUCUUCAAAAGUUCCAUGGAACGCGAAUAUGUUAUAGAAAAAUACCAUUUAAUGAGAAUAGAUGAUAUUGACGGUCAUGCUCCUUUCCAAGAAAUAUAUAUCAUUUGAGAAAAUGUUUGUUUUCAUUUUAUUGACAACAUGUGUUGACUUUACUGCAUUAAAUUAAGGUUUUAGAUUUUCUGAAUACUCGCAAGUUCAUAUCUAUAUAUCACUCUGAAACACUUUCUUACAAUUUAAACUUUACUGUAAUGAUUUUGAGGAUAAAUCUUAAAAUAAAACUUUAACGUAUUCUAAUGAAAAAAUUUUGAGCUUUUUAAUGAUAUAAGAAAAUCUGUAAACGUUUUUCCGAACAAACACACUGCAAUAACUUUGAAGAGUUUUUUAUGAUUUUUUUUUCGGACUAUGUUUGUGUUUAAUUUUUUUUGCGUCUGAUUUUUUUAAUGUCCAAAUUUUUAAAUAUCCCAAAUCCUCCAACCACGUAUUUCAGUGUGUAUUUGUUCUUGUUCUUUUAUCAAUUAUACAGAAUCAUACAGAGAAUUAAUACAAAGUGAAAUGGUAACCUUAGAUAAGAUAAUAAAUAUUUUACGAGUUAUCGUUGAAAAUAGUUUCUUGAGCUGUCAGCUCUCGUUUGGCAUGGCAUUAAAAACAAAAUAUGCGCAUGCGCAAAAUAUAUACAGAAGUAAAACAAAACUAACACAUAAAACGGCACACAAAGCAU